UGCGCAAGCGCGCUGGAAGUCCCGCCCCCUCUUCAGACCCCGCCCGCGACGCGCUACAAGGCGCACGGCGGCAGUUUGAAUCGCGGCGCUGCCUGACGUGGGCAUGGCGGUGCUGCGGCCCUUCAGCAAGCUCCCGGAGCUCAACUCCGCCGUCUUAUUGCUGGUCGGUUCGGAGGGAGACUUCCAGCAGAAGCUGGCGGAGGCUAUCCUCCAAGAGAAGAAGGACUUCACGGUGAAUGUCCACAUUGCUACAUCCCUCCCCUUACCUUCUGAGAGAGAUCACCUUCGGCCACAGAUAGAUAUGAUUGUGUUUAUGAUUGACAUCAAGAACAAAUACAGCUUGAAGAAUGUCGAAGAUUCGCUAGCUUAUGUGGAUGCCAAAUUCUUCCUGGGCAAAGUGUGCUUUCUUGUCACUGGGGUUGGCAGGGUGAAUUGUUGCAGUGUAGACAUGAAUGCUGUCUGGAAACUGGGAGAAAACUACUGCAGUCCUGUGCUGUUCUGUGAACUGGAGUUGGAAGGGACACGGGUUGCCACUGCUCAGCGACUUCUCCGAAUGUUACAGAUCUGUGCUGGUUACGUACCAGGAGUUUCUGCCUUGUACUUCAGCACGCUGAUGACUACCUUCUCAUCGUGAGAAUUCAGCCAGAUUCAUCAGUUUUUUCACUUUAGGCAUUCAAGCUGCUACAGUUGCAAUCACAUUGGGAAGGUUUUUUGCUUGACUUGUUGUGACCAUUCAUCCAGAGCUGUUCCUAGUCGCUAAUCUCUCAAGAAAAGCUUGAUUCCAGUUUAGAGGAUAAGAUAUAGGUGCUGGGGGUAGGACAGUUUGAAUUGAGGAUUCCUGUCCAUUAUUAUGUCUGAAUUCUAUUUCAUGAUCAAGUUUGACUUUCAGCCACUUUGCUAGUGGCCAGGAGCUACGUGUUUUACUGAGAGAGUAUCAGAAGAACAGACCGCUAUUCCAAAUGCUGCAUGUCAUGGUUGAAUGUCUUAGUUUCAGUGUCCCUGAAGUAUUUAGAGAAGAGGCAGGAGGCUCCAGCUUCCUUUUGGAUGAAAUAUAACACCUCAGACUAAUGGUGUGAAACCUUGCUGCCAGGUUUUGUCUCUCCACCAAGAGACUAAUGGGGAAGGAAGGCUGUCCUGCAGCUUCUGCAUAGACUGCAAGUGGCAGUUCCUGAUCCAGCUGUGUGAGCAUCUGCCCAGUGAAGGGCUUGGUAUUCCAUGCCUGAUACCUCACUGAGGAGGAAGGCACUAAAGAAGAUCGCACUUUAGCUUUUAUUUAGAUCUUGAAAGAAAAAGUCUCCUUUUAUCAAGCCCAGGAUAACCCUGGCAACCCAGCUGCCAGGGCUGACCAGAGAUGAAAUACUGCAGAUGACUAGAGCAAUAUACAGUAAACACAUGUUGUCUCCUGCAAGUUGGGUGUAUGGUUUAUAUAACAGUUUAACAGGUUCUUAUUCAUGCCUUAUUCCUAAUGCAAAUCAGUAGUGUGUUUUGGAGUUCUAACUUAAUAAAAUAUAUAAUAUUGAA